GAUUUAAUUUGGAGCUGUUGUUUGUUUGUAUUCCGAUGAAAGGUUAGGAAUCACUGUCAUGGGUAACGGAGGAAUUCAUGGUAAGUUUAAGAUGAAAUUCGAUGAUGGAUUGAGAUACUUUUACUUGGAUUCGGUUUUUUGUUUUUCUUUUCAAAUUUUGAUUUGUAAUUUUUUUUAUUUCUGUGAUUGUUUUUGUCGCAAUUGAUUAAGUUUUCUUGAUUGGUUUUACUUUUUAAACCAUUUGAUUGGAACAAUUUAGAUUCUAUUCAAGAUGAUGGAAAGAGAGGAGAAAGUAUUGGACAUUGUCUUGGAAUCUUUGAUCAGUAGGUGUCAAGAGAUUAAAAAAUCUCUCAUCUCUUUCUUGUAUCGGUUGGAAAAUGAUUAUCAAAAGCUUGAUUGGCCUGCAUUUUUGGACAAUUUUGCUCUCAUCUCAGGUCAGAUAAACAACAUGAUGAAGAUAUUGAAAAACGAGAAAACGCCACCUCUUCGAAAUCGUAUUCUUUUACCACUGUUACUUGCUCCUGAUCGAGAUGAAGACUUGGCCACAUUAACGGAAGGACGAGUGGUCGCUUUUAAUCAUGAAAUGGUUCCCGAUUAUCUGAGAACAAAAUUAGAACCAGAGAUCGAAGCGAUAGAAGCUAAAUUGUCUGCAAAAGCCAUGCAAAUCAACCCAGAAACUGGAUCAAAACAUAUAACCAGUGUCAACAAGAUUGCUAAUCACAUUCUCGAGCUAAUUAAAAACAUCAAAGAAGAUUGGGAAAGUGAAUCAAGUCAAAGAACCUCCAUUCCAGUUACAUCAUCAAUACAGGAUACAAACACAAUUUUGGCCGCGAUUUACUUAGGUAAAGGAUUGAAACCCGUUCCAACUAUGGUUCCAAAACCAGGACCAGCACCAGGAGUUGCGAUGGGUCCACAAGGUCCAAAUCAAACUGGUCCACGUCCCCCUGGCAUGGGUAAAGCUCCAAGUGCAAUUAAGACCAACAUAAAAUCAGCAUCACAAAACAAUCCAUACAACAGAUAAUCAAUCAUCAAAAUCAGUUGUAAUCCUUAAUUCCAACCUCUUUAAAAACAUAACCAACAAAUUGAUAAUCACAAUGAAUCACAACAACCUGUAAACAAUAACAAACAAUUGAUAAAUCCAAUUACUCUCAUAAUAAACUUACUCUGUUUUCCCAA